CGCAGCCGCGGGAAGAUGGCGGCGGCCGCCGAGCUGGCGGAGCGGCGGCUGCUGCGGCAGGAGCAGGAGCUGCGCUGGCUGUCGGCGGAGGUCGGGCGGCUGAGGGAGCAGGAGGCGCCGGGCGGCCCCGGGGCCUGCAGCCCCGAGCUGCAGCGCCUCAGGGCCGAGAACGAGAGGCUGCGCUACCGCCUCCUGCACCUGCGCCGCAGCCUGGCGGCCGAGCUGAGCAGGGCGGAGCGGCCGCCGGGCCCCUCGGCGGCGGAGCCCCCGGGCAGCGGCAGCGGCGAGGAAGUCUCCAGUGUUGGUCCAACUGUUGCAGUGAAUCGAAGUAAAGAGGAAAAGAAAACAGAAAACGAUGCUGUGAACAGGCAUCAAAAAGAUGUCCAGUGUGAGCCAAGCUUCAUAAAAGACAGACUGAAGCUUUACGAAGCACUGAAGAAAGAACAUGAUGCUUUGCUAGCUUACAGAGCAGCCAACGAGAGCAAGCCUAUAAAAAUUACUCUGACAGGUGGAAAGGUGGCUGAAGGGGAAUCUUGGAAAACCACACCAUAUCAAUUAGCUAUAGGAAUUAGUCCAAUGUUGGCUUCAAAUGCAGUCAUAGCCAAAGUGAAUGGUGAAUUGUGGGACCUAGAUCGUCCACUGGAGGGAGAUUGCACUCUGGAGUUGCUUACAUUUGAUAAUGAAGAAGCAAAAGCUGUUUAUUGGCAUUCAAGUGCUCAUAUUCUUGGAGAGGCCAUGGAAGGUUAUUUUGGGGGCUGCUUAUGCUAUGGACCACCAAUUGAGAAUGGAUUUUAUUACGACAUGUACCUUGAAAACAGAGGUGUAUCUAGUACUGAAUUCCCACUACUGGAGAACCACUGUAAAAAUAUAAUAAAAGAGAAGCAGGCUUUUGAAAGGCUGGAAGUCAAAAAGGAGAUCCUCUUAGACAUGUUUAAGUAUAACAAGUUUAAGUGUCGUAUCCUUAAUGAGAAGGUGAACACACCAACUACCACAAUAUACAGAUGUGGUCCACUGAUUGAUCUCUGCAGGGGUCCACAUGUGAGACACACUGGAAAAAUUAAAGCCCUUAAAAUAUUUAAGAAUUCCUCUACGUAUUGGGAAGGAAAAUCUGACAUGGAAACUCUGCAGAGAAUAUAUGGAAUAUCCUUUCCUGAUAAUAAAAUGAUGAAGGAAUGGGAAAAAUUCCAGGAAGAAGCCAAAAACCGGGACCAUAGGAAAAUUGGAAAGGAGCAAGAACUCUUCUUCUUUCAUGAUUUGAGUCCUGGAAGCUGCUUUUUCCUCCCCAGAGGUGCCUUUCUUUAUAACACACUUGUGGAUUUCAUACGAGAGGAAUAUCGUAGGCGUAAUUUUACUGAAGUUGUAUCUCCAAACGUCUUCAACAGUAAACUCUGGGAAGCUUCAGGACACUGGCAGCACUACAGUGAAAAUAUGUUCUCCUUUGAGGUCGAGAAGGAAACUUUUGCCCUAAAACCGAUGAAUUGUCCAGGACAUUGCUUGAUGUUUGCCCAUCGUCCACGAUCCUGGAGGGAAAUGCCUCUUAGAUUUGCAGAUUUUGGAGUUCUUCACCGAAAUGAACUCUCUGGGACUUUAAGUGGUUUGACUCGUGUGAGGCGCUUCCAACAAGAUGAUGCUCACAUCUUUUGCACAAUAGAACAGAUUGAAGAAGAAAUUAUGGGCUGUCUUGAUUUCUUGAAGUCAGUGUAUGCUGUUUUUGGUUUCACCUUUCAACUCCAUCUUUCUACAAGACCAGAAAACUACCUAGGAGAGUUAGACAUCUGGGAUCAUGCAGAAAAGCAACUUCAAAACAGCUUGAAUGACUUUGGGGAGCAAUGGAGUUUGAAUCCAGGAGAUGGAGCAUUUUAUGGUCCUAAGAUUGAUAUUAAAAUCAAAGAUGCUAUUGGCAGGUACCAUCAAUGCGCUACUAUCCAACUUGACUUCCAACUACCCAUUCGGUUUAAUCUUACUUAUGUUGGGAAGGAUGGCGAUGAUAAGAAAAGGCCAGUGAUUAUUCACAGAGCUAUUUUGGGAUCUGUGGAGAGAAUGAUAGCUAUCCUAGCAGAAAAUUAUGGAGGAAAAUGGCCAUUCUGGCUGUCUCCUCGGCAGGUGAUGGUUGUGCCUGUGGGACCUACUUCUGAAGAGUAUGCUCAGGAGGUUUGCAGCAAAUUUUUUGAAGCAGGAUUUAUGUCAGAUGUGGAUCUAGAUCAAAGUUGCACAUUAAACAAGAAAAUUAGAAAUGCUCAGCUGGCCCAGUAUAACUUCAUCUUAGUGGUUGGAGAAAAGGAGAAAGCAAAUAAUGCUGUCAACGUGCGAACAAGAGACAACAAAGUUCAUGGAGAGAUUUCAGUAUCUUCUGCUAUUGAAAAACUCAAGAAAUUUAAGACUUCACAUACUCUAAAUGCAGAAGAAUUAUUGUGAUGAUGCCAUUAGAAAAAAAGAAAUAUCUGCUGCCCAUGUGAAACAGUUUCUUUCCUGCUGUAGAGCAGUAAGGCUCAUCUGAGAACUUUCAGUUAAUGGGUACCCAAGAUAAGCAAAUGUAGCAAUGUUGGUGCUCCAGGAACAGCAUGAGAGGAUAGAUGCAACUGCCAACUUCUUUCACAAUCCCAUGGGAUCCCAAUCUGCACAAGUUGCAGAUUGCUUAUUUAAAAAGUCCUACACCUGUAUUAAAAUAUGUUGCUUUUGCUGUGGGAAUGAAUAAGUGGAGCAGGAAGGCUGGGAAGUGCAGGGGCUGCUGCUGCCACAGCUGAGCUGCCUCAGUCACAGGGCAGUUGUGUCACUGGUGUGAGCUUGGAUCCAAAGCUUGGCAGUUGGUAGGUAUGCAUCAGGAGCAUUCUGGCUUACUUUUUCUAACUCUAGAUUCUGUCUUUUGGGGGCAGGGGGAGGAAUAGGUUGAUUUUUUUUUUUUUCUGAGUUCAUGUUCUACAUUGGUGUCUUUGGAAAUGUAACUGAAACAAGAUUCUGAUUUGAGUUGGUGUGAUAAUCGGUUGCUGUAAAGGUGAUUGCCAAGAAUGAAGCUGAAUUACUCACCCUA